AUAUAUAUAUAUGAUCUCGCUUUUGCUAAAGUGGAGUAGUGAGCGAAGCGAUAAUGGCGGAGGUGAGGGGAGGUAACACGUGGACAGAGGAGCUAGCUAGUUUAGUGGAGGACACUGGCAUGAUAUACUCUACCUCCUUCUCCGCCGCAGCCGGAGAGUCAAUCGGAAUAUCAACGCCGGCGGCCUUACUCAAGGAACCGGAAAUUACGGAAACGGAGAGUAUAAAGGAGCAGGUGACGGGGUUUAUGAAAGCGUGGGGAGAGAUGGUAUUAGAUUUAGGGAAAGGAUGUAAAGACAUAGUGCAGCAGAGUUUGGUGACUGAAGAUUCGUUUAUAGUUCAAAAAGUGGGAAAGCCAAUGGCUAAAGUGUCUGAUCGAUUUAAGUUUUUGAAUGAGUUUUUGCCUGAGGAUCGUGAUCCUGCUCAUGCUUGGCCUGUCAUUUUCUUUGUUUCUAUACUUGCUCUUGCUGCACUAAGUGUAAAUAGCCCACAUGAUAGCUCAGUCGGACCAGCGAAGAGAAUGCGAAUAUAUCCUCCAACUGCUAAUCGCAUACUGCUUCCAGAUGGUAGACACAUGGCUUAUCAUGACACUGGUGUUCCUGCAGACAGAGCUAGAUUUUCCAUUAUUGCUCCCCAUGCUUUUCUUUCUUCUCGGCUUGCAGGUAUUCCUGGAGUUAAACCAUCUCUGCUUGAAGAGUAUGGUGUUCGCUUGGUCACAUAUGACCUUCCUGGUUUUGGAGAGAGUGAUCCUCACUCCACCAGAAAUCUCAACUCGUCUGCGCUAGAUAUGCUCUUCCUAGCAAAUGCUGUUGGUCUUAGGGGCAAGUUUUGGGUGCUCAGUCACUCAAGUGGAAGCAUGCAUGCUUGGGCUGCUCUGAGAUACAUUCCAGACAGAAUUGCUGGUGCUGCUAUGAUUGCCCCAGUAAUUAAUCCAUAUGAGCAGCACAUGACCAAGGAAGAGAAGAGAAGAACUUGGGAACGGUGGUCAUCAAGAAGGAAAUUGAUGUACUUCCUAGCUCGGAAAUUUCCAAGUUUUCUCUCUUCUUUUUAUUGCCGAAGCUUCCUUUCCGGUUUUCAUGGUCGAAUAGAUAACUGGAUGUCUCAGUCACUUGGGAGGAAGGAUGAGAUUCUGAUUGAGGAGUCAACAUUUGAGGAAUUUUGGCAUAGGGAUGUGGAAGAGUCGAUCCGCCAAGGAACUACAAAACCAUUCAUUGAGGAAGCUGUACUGCAAGUGUCAAACUGGGGUUUCAGCUUGGCAGAUCUUCGGGUGCAGAAGAAGUGUAAGAGGAAAAGCAUUCUUCUUUGGCUCAGAUCCAUGUACAGUCAGGCAGAGUGUGAAUUGGCUGGAUUUCUUGGCCCAAUACACAUAUGGCAGGGGAUGGAUGACCCAGUAGCGCCACCAUCAAUGACUGACUACAUAAGCCGAGUUCUACCUGGUGCCGUGUUGCAUAAGCUUCCAAAUGAAGGACACUUUUCCUUUUUCUAUCUUUGUGAUGAAUGUCAUAGAAAGAUAUUCUCUACUCUUUUUGGAGAUGCCCUAGGUCCUCUUGACCAGAUGGUGGAAACAGAUGAAACUUCAAUAGAAGGAGCGAUUGAAGAAGCAUCAUCCAUCAGUGAUUCUGCCACAGGUGACAUUUGACUAUAGAUGAACUCGCUUCUCUCUCUUUUUGCCAACUUCUGUUGUAAAUAUCACAGCCACUUGCUCCUAAGCCAAAUGGAGCAUAAAGUUUGAGGCAUCUUCUUUCCACAUUUUUGGAGGAUAGGUUGAGGAAAGCAGUUAAAAGCAAAGAAGCUUCAAAUCUCAAUGAAGGUUUUCCAUUUCUUUGAUGCUCAUUAGUCUUUAGUCUUUAGGUGAUGCCUUUUAUUUUCCCUUCACAUGUAUAAAGAUUGGGUGGUCACAUUCUUUCGCAAAAAUAUUAUCUUGAUACUUAUUUUUCAAGGGAGUUUAACCUGCUUGAUGAUUAAUCAAAAUGCAGUAGUACUUGAAGAGCCGGGAUUAAUGGA